CCGAACCGAGCCCCUCCUGCUCCCUGUAGGAGUCAAAAUGGCGGCGAGGGGCACCUGGAGCAGUCCCGGAGCCUGAGCCACUGACAGGAGAGGGCGGCGGCGGCGGCGGUGGCGGCGGCGGCCGGAGGAGGAUGGCCGCGGGUGCUGGCGCCGGUGCGGACGGCGGUGCGGGUGGCGGGGGCGGCGGGGGUGACGGUCCCAGCAGCGGCAGCGGCGGGAGGAGUCUCCGAGAAAUGGAUGAAAAGAUGCAGCUGGAUCCAGGGUUGAAGGUUCAUAAAGGCCUCUGGGAUUAUACUCUGAAGAACCAGCAGAUGGAAUGCUUGAGUGACUGAAGAAGAUGGGUGCUAAUGCAUCUAACUAUCCUCAUUCAUGCUCCCCAAGAGUAGGGGGAAAUCCACAGGCCCAACAGACUUUUAUAGGGACAUCAUCCUAUUCCCAGCAAGGCUAUGGCUGUGAAUCAAAAUUAUAUAGCCUCGACCAUGGCCAUGAGAAGCCACAAGACAAAAAAAAGAGAACCUCUGGCCUUGCCACCCUCAAAAAGAAGUUUAUUAAGCGCCGAAAAUCUAACAGGUCUGCAGAUCAUGCCAAGCAGAUGCGAGAACUCCUCUCGGGGUGGGAUGUUAGAGAUGUCAAUGCAUUAGUGGAAGAAUAUGAGGGAACAUCCGCCUUAAAGGAGCUUUCUCUACAAGCCAGUUUGGCUAGACCAGAAGCACGGACAUUGCAGAAAGAUAUGGCUGAUCUUUAUGAGUACAAGUAUUGUACUGAUGUAGACUUAAUAUUUCAAGAAACGUGUUUUCCUGUUCAUCGUGCCAUUUUGGCAGCAAGGUGUCCAUUUUUUAAAACACUGCUUUCUUCCUCACCUGAGUAUGGGGCAGAGAUAAUAAUGGACAUCAAUACAGCGGGUAUUGAUAUGCCUAUGUUUUCUGCUUUGCUACACUACCUUUAUACUGGAGAAUUUGGAAUAGAGGACUCAAGGUUUCAAAAUGUCGAUAUCCUUGUUCAGCUUAGUGAAGAAUUUGGAACACCAAAUUCCCUUGAUGUAGAUAUGCGUGGACUCUUCGAUUACAUGUGUUAUUAUGAUGUUGUCCUUAGUUUUUCUUCAGACUCUGAACUGGUUGAAGCUUUUGGUGGAAGUCAGAACUGUUUAGAUGAAGAGCUCAAAGCUCACAAGGCUGUUAUUUCUGCACGGUCCCCAUUUUUUCGAAAUUUGUUACAAAGGAGGAUACGGACUGGUGAAGAGAUUACAGACCGAACUUUGAGAACUCCCACAAGAAUUAUAUUAGAUGAAUCCAUUAUACCAAAAAAAUAUGCGAAAGUAAUAUUACACUGUAUGUAUACAGAUGUGGUGGACCUUUCAGUUUUGCACUGUAGCCCCUCUGUGGGGAGUCUCAGUGAAGUUCAGGCUCUCGUCGCAGGGAAGCCAAACAUGACCAGGGCAGAAGAAGCCAUGGAACUUUACCACAUAGCACUGUUUUUGGAAUUUAACAUGCUUGCGCAAGGCUGUGAGGAUAUCAUUGCUGAGAGCAUCUCAUUAGAUACCUUAAUUGCCAUCCUCAAGUGGAGCUCGCAUCCAUAUGGCUCCAAGUGGGUGCACCGGCAAGCUUUGCAUUUCCUCUGUGAGGAAUUGUCCCAGGUCAUGACUUCGGAUAUUUUUUAUGAACUCAGCAAAGACCAUCUGCUUACUGCUAUCCAGUCUGACUACCUACAGGCAAGCGAGCAAGAUAUCCUUAAAUAUCUGAUUAAAUGGGGAGAGCAUCAGUUGAUGAAAAGAAUAGCAGACAGAGAACCAAACUUAUUGAGUGGCACUGCACAUAGUGUGAACAAAAGAGGUGUGAAAAGACGGGACCUGGACAUGGAAGAACUUCGAGAGAUCCUUUCUUCUCUCUUACCUUUUGUGCGGAUUGAACACAUCUUACCUAUAAACAGCGAAGUAUUAAGUGAUGCAAUGAAAAGAGGCUUGAUUAGUACUCCUCCAUCAGACAUGCUUCCGACAACAGAAGGUGGAAAGUCAAAUGCCUGGUUACGUCAGAAAAAUGCUGGCAUAUACGUCCGCCCUCGGCUCUUUUCUCCUUAUGUAGAAGAAGCAAAGUCAGUACUGGAUGAGAUGAUGGUAGAACAGACGGACCUUGUGCGACUGCGAAUGGUUCGAAUGUCCAAUGUUCCAGACACGCUCUACAUGGUGAGCAAUGCCAUGCCGCAGUGCUGCCACAUGAUCAGCCACCAGCAGAUGAGCAGUAACCAGUCAAGCCCGCCCUCGGUGGUAGCCAAUGAAAUCCCAGUUCCUCGUCUCCUAAUUAUGAAAGACAUGGUCAGGCGCCUACAGGAACUACGGCACACGGAGCAGGUUCAGAGAGCCUAUGCACUCAACUGUGGGGAGGGUGCCACUGUCAGUUAUGAAAUCCAGAUUCGAGUACUGAGAGAGUUCGGGCUGGCAGAUGCUGCUGCAGAGCUUUUACAGAAUCCUCACAAGUUCUUUCCUGAUGAACGUUUUGGAGAUGAAAGUCCACUAUUGACCCUGAGGCAGCCUGGGAGGUGUCGCGUUAACAGCACCCCAACUGCAGAAACCAUGUUUACAGACCUGGACUCUUUUGUGGCCUUCCAUCCACCUUUACCCCCUCCACCUCCUCCAUACCACCCUCCAGUCACCCCAAUCCAUAACCAGCUCAAAGCCGGCUGGAAACAAAGACUCCCCAGUCAGCACCCUUCACGUUCCUUUUCUUACCCCUGUAACCAUUCGCUGUUUCACUCCAGAACGGCUCCUAAAGCUGGCCCUCCCCCAGUCUAUUUGCCAGGUAUUAAAGCGGCGCCUCCUGAUUGCACCAACACAACGGGACUGGGGAGACAGACAGUUGCUGCUGCUGCUGCUGCUGCCGCCGCUGCCUCGACCACAGUGGCAUCGGAGAAACAAGUGUGUACACAACCUUUGCUGAAUGACCUGAUGCCAGACAUCGCCAUGGGGGUGUCCACACUGUCUCUCAAGGACAGGAGGCUUCCAGAACUUGCUGUAGAAACAGAACUAAGCCAGCCAGUUUCUGAAGUAGGACCAGGGCCUCCCCAGCAUCUCUCGUGUGUUCCACAGAGGCUUACACACACUUCUCGAAAAAAACACACACUAGAGCAAAAAGCAGAUGCUAGAGAAAAUCAGCAGGAAUACCCGGAUUUCUAUGACUUCUCAAACGCUGCUUGCAGACCUUCCACACCUGCUCCUGGCAGACGCACCCCUCCCCCUUCACAAGGUGGAUAUUUUGGUCCCGAUUUGUACAGCCACAAUAAGGCAUCACCAAGUGGCUUAAAGUCAGCCUACCUUCCUGGUCAGACCUCUCCUAAAAAACAGGAAGAUGCUAGGAGAGACUAUCCACUGUCCCCUGAUGGGCCUCUGCACAGACAGAAGAGUGAGCCCAUCCGCCUGGAUGUCGUCGAGCAGCCUCCCCCGCGGUCAGACUUUGCUUCAGCAGCUCCAGAAAACGCUGGUAAUGGCCCAGCCCAUGUCAGGGGGCGAACCACUGUAGAAACUGACUUGACUUUUGGGCUGACUUCUAACAGACCUUCUUCACAUUCUGCAUGUAGCUCCGAAGCUCCAGAAGAGCGACCCAGUAGAAGACUGGCAGACAGCGAGUCUCUGGGCCACGGAGUUCAGAGAAACACAGAUCUGGAAAGGGAAGAUUCCAUAAGCAGAGGAAGGAGGUCACCAAGCAAGCCAGACUUCCUCUACAAAAAGUCUGCUCUCUGAGAGCAGACUUGGAAGUCGUCUGUGCCUGAGAUGUGAAACAUCCCAUUUACGAUGUAACCCAACAACUCACCGGUUCAUUGAUGCCAGCUCAGUUUCACAUCACUGUCUUGGAGUUUUUGUGUGCGUAUGUUUUAUUCCACAUGGCAUGCUAACAGUUGUUUUGGAUGCCACGUCUGUCUCCUUUAUGUCUGUGGGGAAGCAUCUUAAAGAGCAAGCAAGCUGGCACUUUUUUUCCUCUUUACAAAUGAUGGAAUUUUUUUUUGCACUUGUACAUUUAUUUUAGCUGUAUUAAUUUUAUAUCAGUAUGUUAAACUUUAUUGCCACAUUUAAAGGACUGUAUUUUCAUACUUUUUUGCAUUUUACCUUUCAUCUGCCAGUUUCCAUGUGCACUUGAUUGCACACUAAGAUGUAUUUUCUUAUAAAAUAGUUCUGUGUUUAUUUUUUAAUUAUAGAAAUUCCAAAGAACAGCACAUCAAAAUGCUCCUCUUUUUAGCGAUUGUUUUAGUUCCGAAAUCUUCCUGCUUUGUCUCCAUAAACCUGAUGUCAUUUUUUUCCCUAAUAAGUCUUGGGAGCUGGUCUUCAUUUCCCCAGCAGGAGUACAAUCAGGUUCCUGAAGUCUUCGGGUUCAGGAGAGAAGAGCCCGGGCGCGCAGCCCGCUUCUGGGGCUCUGUUUUGUAGACGUGGUAUGUGUGAAUGUGGCUUGGGGCCUGUGCAGACUGGCGGUGUGGAUUGCAGUGUCACUCGCUUGAAGAGCUUCUAAGGAGAUCGCAUCCCUUGGGCUCAGGAAGCAGUGAACAUAGCAAAAUCACCCCAAGGGCACUCUGGCAGGUCUCGGGCUCCGCGCGCAGCUCUCCCCUGAGCUGGGGAAGUGACCGCCUGCUGCCUUCGGUUGUCCUGCUUUCUAUGGGAAAAACCAAAAACAAAAGGGCUUCAGUCUUAUAGAUGUUAUUUGGUGUUUGUAAGCAUAUGUUUUCUUUUCAGUGUUUUUCAAAGUACGUCUGGAUUUUUGUGUCCUACAAAACGUUCUUGUAUAAUGUAUAACGCUUUAUCACCAAAAAGAAAAAAACACACACAAGGUAAUUCUUUUCAGUAAAACACUACAUGUCCUACUUGAACUCCAGGGAGGCUGGUUUGGCAUUUCCUGAGCCACUGAGCACAUGGGGUCUCGAGCCCCUCUCCCUUGGAAGGGCAGUGUAUGAGCUAAGGACUGUUUUUUCUUACUAUCCAGUGUAAAUAUAUUAGUAUUUGAGUUUUUAAAUCUCUUCAAUGUUAUUUGAGCAUUCACUUUGUAUUUUUACAAACACGUACACACGUAGCACUUAGAAGAAAAGAGAACUUCCGGAACAUUCCUUCACGGAAGGGUGUUGGGAGCCUCUCUUCUAUGUAUGUGUAUAUAUACCUGAAUCACUCACACUCAUUCUAAACUAUGCAGGGCUAGGGAGUCUUUACAAGCUACCAUAUAAAUGAAUUCCAUGCACUUUGAAGUCAAUAGGUUUCUGUUGGGUGUUGACAACUCUAUAAUUUCUUCUGAAACUGUAGUUUCUCUUACAGUCCUUUCCUACUUUUACCCUGUGGAUAUACACUCAGGAAUAAUCUGACACUUCAAUCAAUCCUAAAAGUAGAGGAUCUCACAGAUGGGAACAUGUCAGUCUCUGCUGCCUGACCAGUUAGCUGCUGCUCUCGCAUCGCUGACGCCAGGCCGUGCUGCACGCCGAGCUCCUGGCCCAGCCGCCGGCUCCUCGUCUGCUGUGGGCCGCUCACAUCGCCUUUAAGAGAUAGAAAACCAUAGGACCCAUCCCCAUUUUUAAGAGUUGUACCUCUUACAGUAGAUGAUGCUCUCUUUUGAAGCCCAUUCUCAGUCGGUUUUCAGAAAACGGAGAUGAUUCCAUCAUACUCUUUAAUAUGUGUUUCUCUCCAUGUGUUGGCAUGAAUCAUUUUGCUAUGGUUCUAGAUUUCUGUCCUGAAUUAGCAGUAACUGGGCAGGUACUGCAGAUGAGAAUGAGUAGACUUCAUUUGGGUGAGGAUAAAAAGCUUUCUCAUCUAUUAGCAAUUUUUUUCUCCCAUACUGAACCAGUACUAUUGAUCCCACACCUUGAUUUUUCUACAAAUUUGUUAUUUCUUCAUAUCCCAACAAUGAUAAAAAUCUACGGCCACUGUUGAUAGUAUGAUUUAAUUUGUGAGUUUUUGGUGGUUUAGUAGCUUACCUGGCUAACCUAUGUGUACAGAGGGGAAUCUUAAUUCGUGGGACUGUGGACUGAUGUAACUUGUAAAAGUGUGUGUUAAGACAGGUGUUUGUGGACUUUUCAUGUAUCUUGUGAAGUGUGGUUAAUGGGGUAGGUUGAGUUGCUACGGCCCUCUGGCUUUUGAACCCAUCUAUUCUGUCAUUUUUAAUGCUGUACUAAGAUAAGUGUAAAGUCUGAGUAGGAUUGCUCUCAGAAAAAUAAACAAAAAUGUCUUCAUGUGUAACAUAAAGUUUAGGCCACAGAACUGGCAUUUUACUUGGGAUAGAAAUUUAAUAAGAACCAAAUCACAAAAAUACCAUCUCUCCUUCUGAGGCCACGGACAAUCAGGCCGUUAGGACAAUCACCGCUUCCAGGGCCCGCAGUGUACUAAGGUUAGAGAACUAGCGCGUAGGUUCUAGUAUAAAAGGGCCAUCAGAUUUCUUAAAGAUGCUCUUGCUCCUUUUCUUAGAGUAUUGUUUCAACUAUGGUUUUUUAAAAAUAACUUCAGAAUUACUUAUGGUUCAUAAGAAGAAAACAGCAUCGUGAAAGGCAAAAGCAUUCAAACCACAGGUGCUUGAAUUCCCAUGGUCACAUCCCUUUGGCUUGUUUUCUAGGCACGUGUCCCUACACCUGAGCUAGCCUGACAUUUCCAGAACACAUUAGGCGUUUAGGAUUUUAGUGAGUUCACAAUACUUGUCUUUUUGUACCCCUGUCUGAUACAUGACCUAAUUCUUGUUUCCGUGAACACUUUUAUACUUGUCAUCCUGUAGAGGGUAGAGGGUCUCUUUUCGGGAGCUGUUCAAGUUCGAACUUUGGGCGCAGUCUUUGUGCAUUUGAAAGAAGCCGAGGCUGCAGAAUGUAACAGGAGCAGAUGCAGCAUCGCUGGGCUCAAAGCUGACCUCAGGCACUUUCUGUGGAGUUGAAGGAUCAACACUCACUAUAACUAUCCUGCAAGACACGAAUGCUCAUAAUACUGAAUUUUGCCUUUUAGAGAAAAAUAUGUUUUGUGAAACCCCUGUCAGAUAGUUGUUUAGCAAUUCUAAAGCAUUUGUGUUUUUAGGACAACUCAAAGGGAACUGUUGAAGUGUUCGGAUGACUUGUGGCUCUGCCGUGGCUGUUGAAGCCGCAGGGAUGGGUGCUAUUCCCAGUCUACAGCGGCCCGCUGUCUACAUGGUUUACCUUCAAACCUCAGUCAUCUUGCUAAGAGCUGCCCUGCACACUGCUGGAAGGUUUCUGUUUUCCAUGAACACUGACGUAGGAGCACCGCUUUAUGAAAUGUUAAGUUAUCCGUCUGUCCCAUCAAUUGCAAUAGCCGUUAUGUAGUUACUAUCGGAGUGAGUCUUUUGAUUUUGUAUCUUCUGGAAAACCUUCAGGCUGUGUAGCAAUCUUCCAUGUUCUGAAUAUUAUAAUGCUGUGACCAUUUCUAUAGAAAGCUUAUUUGCAAGUGUGUGUCUUGAAAAAAACAAUCUCUUCUUGUGUUUGUGUUUAUGUAGGUUCUGUCUGAGAUCAGAGAAGCUCUGGAAGCUUCCUCAAGCAUACGUGCAUGUGACACUGUGUGUGGGUUACCUGGGCAGGCCGUGGGAAAUCCUGCUCUUAGGUGAGGUGGCUGAACGCGAACAGUUUUCGAGCUCCACCUGUUGUGUCUGCCACGUGUGUUCUUGGGGGAAGUGGGACCUUCUACACCACUGCAGUUCUUGUGGUUGUGCUGUUACUGGUAUAAAGUCAAGUGCCUUCAAUGCUAAAGGCUCAGAAAUUUUUCUUAAACUGAUUUCAUGUCCUAUGCAAGUGUUUUCUACAACCUGCAUAACCAGUACUUUGUAAAACUUGUUUACGCUUCAAUUGUACAUAGUGUUUUUUAAAGAAAUAUAUAGUAUUUUUAUUUAGGUACCUCCAAACUUGAAUUCGUCGGUGUGAAGCAUUGUAAAACAAAACAUUUCUCUUUUGAGUACCAUUACAGUUGUACAGAGGUUUUCACUGGUUCUAUUUUUCUACCGUUACUGAUAAGCAUGUAACACUGACUUUAUCCUACAUAGAGUUGACAUUUCAAAUAAAUGGCUUGUAUAGAA